UGGUACCUACGCCGUUCCUUCUGCCUCGGACAUAGGCACACACCUCGCCCACCUUGGUCCGACAUGGACUACCUCCGCAGCGCUGCUUCGGCUGUGCUGUCCAAGUCGUCGGGGCCCUUUCCCAACUUCACCAUUGGAGCCCCCAUCUCCGAGGCGUCCUUCGGACCAACAAUCUGGUCCAUCUAUGAAGGCACAAAGCGGGACGACGGCUCCCCUUGUACGAUCUUCGUCUUCGAGGGCACCAACAAUGCCAAUUCCAGAGCUCAGCUCGUCCUCGCCAAGAACGCUCUCCGGAAACUACGCACACUACGGCACCCAGAUGUGCUGAAGCUCAUUGAUUCCAACGAGACCCCAACAGGUGUAUACAUCGCAGUAGAGGCUGUGAGACUAUUGCAGACGGUGCUUGCGGAUUGGAAGCACACUGGUGCUGGAGCAGAUGAGAGCAAGAAAGAAUGGAUUGCCUGGGGUCUCUCCAAAGUCGCGAAUGCUCUCAAGUUCAUAAAUGCCGAUGCAGCUUCGAUACAUGGCAACAUCAGGCCAGAAUCUAUCUUCGUGUCCCAGGGCGGCGAGUGGAAGCUGGGCGGCUUUGAGGUCCUCACCGCCAAGACAGACUACGAAGGCGUCAUAUGGAACUACGGAGGACUCUUGCCGGAAGCAACCAUUUACGCUGCCCCAGAGAUCAGACAAGGGGGGUGGACCAGUCUGAGGGAUCAAGAGCCAUACAUGUCCGACUCGUACUCGUUUGCUCUGCUGGCAUUUCACGUUUACAACGGAAUCGUUCCGUCUGCUCAUGUCGGUCUGCCUCCUCAAGGGUCAGUUCCGGCCACUUUGUUCGCAGCCUUGCGCCGCAUGAUUGGCCCCAACGCGAAGACACGCAUGUCCGUCGCCCAGCUUCUCGAUACUGCAAAUGCUUCGGGAGGGAUGUGGAAGGAGAAUCGACUGCAAAAGCUGAGCGAAGGCUGCGAACACUUCAUGCUGGCGUCUGAGAGAGAAAGGACGGAAUUAAUUCGCUCUCUACAAGGCUCGACUGACAGUUUGCCUGCUGACUUCCUUACACAUCGGGUGCUCCCUUCCCUCGUCAAUGCUCUCAACUUAGCCUCGCAGCAAUCCACCAACCCACAGGGUCUGGCGCUCCCUCAGUCUAUUCAUGCAACAUCGAUUCUUCCUCUCGUCUUGCAGCUGGGAUCUGCGCUUUCAGAGGCGAAGUGGGAAGCCUCUGUGCUGGUUCCCAUUCUCAAAGCAUACACGUCGCCGGAUCGCUCUGUGCGAAUGAUGUUACUCGAAUUGUUGCCCUCCUACGUCGAGCGUGUGCCGCCGCGGAAAGCCUCGGAGAACAUCUGGCCAAAUCUUAUCACAGGAUUCGCAGACUCUAGUGCUGCUAUCCGUGAGGCUACUCUGAGGUCUGUCCUGCCCCUCAGUCCAAAGUUGACAGACAGGAUUCGGAACAAUGAUCUGCUCCGCCAGUUGGCGAAGACUCAAGUCGAUGUUGAAGCCGGCAUUCGAACUAAUACGACGAUUCUUCUAGGUCGACUGGCUCCGACACUGAAUAUCGGUACACGAAAGAGCGUCUUGAUCCCAGCAUUCUCAAGGUCACUCAAGGACCCCUUCGUACAUGCCCGCGUUGCUGGCCUCAUGGCUCUCAUGGCAACCUCGGACUCCUACGACAAGGACGACUUGGCUCGGUCCGUUCUUCCUGCUAUCAGCCCGAAUCUAGUUGAUAAGGAGAAGCUGGUGAGGGAUCAAGCCGAGAAGGCCUUGGAGGUCUUCUGGUCCAAGAUCAGGGAGGAAGUCAAGCUGAUGCCGGAGACGAUUCUUCCGACUGAAGUCGAGACGGAGGCUGGUGUCGAUCCCAACAGACUUACCAGUUUCUCGUCCUCGUCCAUCACUAUUGGUAAUGGAGGGAGUAAAGGCGGCGCACCUGGCGGCUUGGCCUCUACUGCUGGGGGAGCAGCUACGGCCCUGGCAGGUUGGGCCAUGAGUGGCGCCAUGACGUACCUCUCCAGCGAUGCCACUGGGCUCAGGCCAGCUGCAACGCCCUCCGCUGGCAGCUUGGAUACCCAAAGGCCCCCUCUCUUGACUAAUCAGUCCUCUGGUGCAUUGAGCCCAAGGUCCGACGACCUUUCCAGAAGCAAUUCUCCCUUGCCAGAUCAUUCGAAUGAGGCACAGUUGACAAGCAGUAGUGGCAUGGGCUCAGCAUCUCCCUCCAAUCAUCUUGCGCAAGACCUAAUCGACAUCAACGAUGACACAAGCGACUGGUCGUCCUUCGAAACAGCACCGGCUAAGAAGCCUCUUCGGAGAGGUCUGCCUGGAAAUACAGGGGUGAGAGGGGCGAAGUCUUCGCUGGCCCCGUCCCCACUCAGUAGCCGUCCUGCCACUACAAGCAAGAAGGGGAUGAGCAGCUUGGCACAAGAAAAACUCAAAAUCCGUGAGGAUUCCCUGGGGCUGGAUGCUUGGGAAGGACAAGACUCGUGGGAAGUGGGCGAGCAGUCGAAGGUGGAGGUCAAUGGCUCUGACAAUGGAGUCAGCAAGUCUGCUGCAGCUGCGUUCAGUACGCCUGUGCCCUCCUGGACCGCACCAGGAUCUGCACAUCCGCCCACUCUGUCGACCAAGCCUCGGAAGAGUUCAGGGACAACUGACAAGGAGGCUUCGGACUGGUCGACGUUCCCAGAUGAAGACACCGAGGCUGCUUCUCUGAGCGCAGAUACCGGUAAUGGGUCGCAAAUACCAAUGAACAAAGAAGAGAAGCGGGCUCAGAUGGAGAGGCAGAGGGAGGAGAGGAGGGAGAGAAUGCGAAGAUUGAAAGAGAGCAAGGGCAAGAAACUUGGCGACUCCUUGGCAUGAGGUUUGCACGCGGCCAGUCCGGCUGCCCGUAGAGUUUGGCGAGACGCAAAUGGACGACUGGGUGGCCAGGCACGCGAUGCUGCUGCUGUUGUUAAGGCUCUGGCUAUACAUUAUUCGCUUGGGCGUGCAUCAGCCCGAGAUGUUUCCAUAUACCUCCCGCCCUUUGUGUAACGAUGGCCAGACGCCCUGCUUCUAUAUGACUGGCGGAGUUGCGC